AUGGCGCUCUCGGAGGCGUUGAACUGUGGCAGCUCCCUGCUUUGGCCUCGCGUGUUGCUAUUUGGAGAUUCCAUCACCCAGUUUUCUUUUCAGCAAGGUGGAUGGGGAGCAUCACUGGCUGACAAGCUGGUCAGGAAAUGUGAUGUUCUGAAUCGUGGAUUUUCAGGUUACAAUACCAGAUGGGCCAAAAUCAUUCUUCCAAGGUUAAUCAAGAAAGGUAACAGUCUGGACAACCCUGUAGCAGUUACAAUUUUCUUUGGUGCCAAUGACAGUUCUUUAAAAGACGAGAAUCCUAAGCAGCACAUCCCGCUGGAGGAGUACGCGGCGAAUCUGAAGAGCAUGGUGCAGUACCUGAAGUCUGUGGACGUCCCCGAGACGAGAAUUAUUCUCAUCACACCGCCUCCUCUCUGUGAAUCGGCUUGGGAAAAGGAGUGCCUCGCACAAGGUUACAAAUUAAAUCGCCUGAACUUGGUUGUUGGUGAAUAUGCCAAUGCCUGUUUACAAGUGGCCCAAGACUGCCACACUAAUGUACUCGACCUGUGGACCCUGAUGCAGAAAGACAAUCAGGAUUUUUCAUCCUAUUUAUCAGAUGGACUACAUUUAUCACCAAAAGGAAAUGAGUUUCUUUUCUCACACCUGUGGCCCCUGUUGGAGAAGCAGCUUUCCUCCCUGCCUCUUCUGCUUCCUUACUGGCGCGACGUAACAGAAGCAAAACCGGAACUAAGUCUUCUGGGAGACGGGGACCAUUAG